CGCGCAGCGGUUAGACUUUUUUUCCCCCAGCGGUGAUCUGACGCUUUAUCAUCAUGAGCUCGGCAGGCGGCGGAGAAUUCGGGAAUCCGCUGCGGAAAUUCAAGCUGGUCUUCAUGGGAGAGCAGAGCGUCGGUAAGACGUCUCUCAUCACUCGCUUUAUGUAUGACAGCUUUGACAACACGUACCAGGCUACCAUUGGAAUAGACUUUCUGUCCAAGACUAUGUAUCUGGAAGACCGCAUGCAGGUGCGACUGCAGCUCUGGGACACUGCUGGGCAGGAACGUUUCCGCAGUUUGAUUCCCAGCUACAUUCGGGAUUCAACCAUUGCAGUGGUGGUGUAUGACAUCACAAACCUGAAUUCUUUCCAGCAAACAUCCAAAUGGAUAGAUGAUGUGAGGACCGAGAGAGGAAGCGACGUAAUAAUAAUGCUUGUGGGGAACAAAACAGAUCUGGCAGAUAAGAGACAGAUCACAACUGAGGAGGGAGAGCAAAGAGCCAAGGAACUAAGCCUAAUGUUUAUUGAGACCAGCGCCAAGACAGGCUACAAUGUCAAGCAGCUGUUCAGACGUGUGGCUGCUGCAUUACCUGGCACGGACAGCACACCCGAGAAGAGCAAAGAAGACAUGAUUGACAUCAAGCAGGAAAAAACACCUGAGCAGCCAGUGAUGGAGAGCGGCUGCUCAUGCUAACAUCCUAGAAUUCCUUUUGGCCAGCAGAAGAAAUUUCUGGCUAACAUCCUCAAGCAUCAGAAAGGAAAGAAAAGCAAAGUGUCUAUAUUUACCUGUAUCUCUUUCCCAGUGUGUGGAUGCAGUGUGUGCUCCAUUAUCUUAACUGGGGUUUGGGUAACUCCCAGGAAAAAAAAGACAGUGACCUCACUUCAUCUCACUCAAACUGCAUGGUGUUGUGUACGGUCAGAGAAUGAGAUUUUUAUUUAUGUAUAGUUAUUUCUUGCACUGUGGGCACUCAGCCUGCCCUAUUAAUUCUCUCAGUGUGACAAACUUGCCAGAAAAUGUGUGCUGCUGUUCUCAUUUGUUCUUGUGAAUGCACCAGGAUGCAGCCAUAUUUACAGGAUGAGGUCUGUGCCAGGUUUGGAACCUGUUCACCACAAAAAGUUUCCCGGUAGCAUAUUGGGUAUCUUCAAACUAUCUUAAAGACAGGAAAAUAAAUUUAAAGCAUUAGGCCAUAGGCAACCUCUGUGCAGUCAAACUGUUGCAAAUCCUGUACUCUCAGGGUGCUGCAAGUAGUAGCUCUGCCACUACUGGAGUGCCAAGCACUUUAAUGGCAUUUAUUUAUUUUACAUUUGCAACUGAGCAAAUAUUUUGCCGAUUGGCCCUGCCAAGUGGACCUGUCACCCAGACACAAA